GUUUGCUUGACUGUCAACGACUCGUUUCAAGAAAAUCGUCUGAACUUAACACAAAAAUCUCUCUUUCAUUUCCCAUUUCUUGUUUUUCUUCUCGCGCUCUUCUUCUUUUUUUGUGAUUGCGUUUUCCUGUAAUUGAGAAAGGAAAGAGAUUAUUGAAGAAAAAGGAAAUGCAGAAGGUGAAGGAUCAGCGGUCAAGAUCCUCAAAACCGACCACCAUCCAUGGCUUUGCCCAGUCUGGAGAUCUCGUUGCCUUUCAAAAGCUACUUCGUGACAACCCUUCUCUUCUUAAUGACAGAAAUCCUGUUAUGGCACAGACACCACUCCAUGUUUCCGCUGGUUACAGUAAUGUUGAGAUAAUAAAAUUUCUUCUUGAUUGGCCAGGACCCGAUAAGGUGGAAUUGGAGGCCAAGAACAUGUAUGGGGAGACUCCAUUGCAUAUGGCUGCUAAGAACGGGUGUAAUGAAGCUGUAAAGCUGCUUCUAGCCCGUGGUGCUUUUGUUGAAGCCAAAGCAAAUAAUGGGAUGACUCCUUUGCAUCUGGCUGUCUGGCACUCACUUAGAUCCGAAGACUACUCAACUGUCAAAACAUUAUUAGAGUCUGAUGCUGAUGGCAGUGCUGAAGACAAUGAGGGCAUGACUCCUCUAAAUCAUCUCUCUCAAGGCCCAGGAAACGAGAAAUUGCGGGAAUUACUCAAUAAGCAUCUUGAAGAGCAGCGAAAACGUAGAGCUAUUGAAGCAUGCAGUGAGACGAAAGCCAAGAUGGAUGCGCUUGAAAAUGAAUUAUCAAAUAUUGUAGGCUUACAUUCACUUAAAUUACAACUUAGGAAAUGGGCAAAAGGGAUGCUCUUAGAUGAGAGACGCCGUGCUCUUGGACUGAAAGUUGGACCCCGAAGACCUCCUCACAUGGCCUUUCUUGGAAAUCCGGGAACAGGUAAGACCAUGGUUGCUCGAAUCCUUGGAAAAUUGCUUCACAUGGUGGGAAUUCUUCCUACAGGCAGGGUAACUGAAGUGCAGAGAACGGAUUUGGUUGGAGAGUUUGUUGGUCAUACAGGGCCAAAGACUAGGAGAAAGAUCCAAGAAGGCGAAGGAGGCAUUCUAUUCGUGGAUGAAGCCUACCGCUUGAUUCCCAUGCAGAAGGCUGAUGAUAAAGACUAUGGAUUGGAAGCAUUAGAGGAGAUAAUGUCCGUCAUGGACAGUGGAAAAAUCGUAGUAAUUUUUGCAGGUUACAGUGAACCAAUGAAGCGUGUAAUAUCUUCAAAUGAAGGUUUCAGCCGAAGGGUGACCAAGUUUUUUCAUUUUGAUGACUUUAGCUCGGAAGACCUUGCCAGGAUUCUUCAUCUUAAACUGUCUAAACAAGAUGAGAAUAGCUUGUUAUAUGGAUUCAAGUUGCAUCCUUCAUGUACUGUAGAUGCUCUUGCAGAAGUUAUAGAACGAGAAACUACUGAAAAGCAGCGCAAGGAGAUGAAUGGAGGUUUAGUCGAUCCAAUGCUCGUUAAUGCCAGAGAAAUCUUGGAUCUGAGGCUCAGUUUUGAUUGUAUAGACACUGAUGAUUUACUUACGAUAACAUUGGCCGAUUUAGAAGCUGGGCUUCGGCUGUUGAAACAAUGAGUGGCCAUAAGCUGAAAACAAGGAAGAAAAGGUGACGAGAAGUUUAAAUGAGCAGAAGUGGUAGCCAUAUUGGGUUCAGACUUUCUCUAUGACUGCAUAGAGUUUACACAGGUCAAGAUAAAGGGAUGCACAUUUGUGGAAUUACCUUUUAUAAGUUCUUAAUUAAUUGAUGCCUUUUCAGUUUAUAAUUGUAAACUUAGUUCGUAUAGAUUGCAUUUAUAUUUUUUUUCUUUCCCAGUAGGUCUGGGAAUUGAUACUAUUUUUUGUUGUAUUUUAUAUUCUUUAUGAAAUAUUCAAUUUCUGGUUUA